UGCACCCUUAAUUUGUUUCUAGGUGUUGGCUGCCAAUUGUAGAGUGCAAAUGAAAAGUUACAGAUUGGUGGCUUCGUUAACAAAAUUUUCAGUUAUUUGUGUAGUUGAAGACGGGAAUUUGUUUUGCGUAUAAAAAGUUAACACUGCGUGGAUCUAAAAUACACCAACCGCACAUUCAUACCAACUACCAACCAAAAAAACUAAGAAAAACCAAAAGAAAAACCAAAUAAUUCAAUUGGCAGAGCAAAAGGACGACGACUUAACCGUCAGAAAAAAACUAAAUGCACACCGCGAAUAUAAUGCGUGAAUAGUAGUAUUCAACAAAAAAAACUAAAAACAAAAAAAACCGAAACUCUUGCAGAACACAAAGUUCAUGAUUAAUCCAUACUAGAGAGAGAGUGCACAAAAUAAUCGCCGUAUGCAAGCGUGAUCAUCCGAGGCUUUUCAUCCUGACUAAGCUACUGGCCAGCUUAAAAAAAGUAAGCCACAUCUACCGAGCGAGUGGAAUCAGGAUCUAGUUGAGAAAGAGCCGGCUAGACCCGAAACCGAAUCGGAAACCGAGCAUCCGAUCAUCCGAAUAACCGACUAACCGAAUCCUCCAGCCGCCACCAAAUCAUCCCAUCUCUACACCACCACCACCACAACCACCACCACCAGCAGCAGCAGCAGCACCAGCACCACCAACGAUCACAAGAUGAAUGAACUGGACAGCCUGAGGCAGGAGGCCGAAUCCCUAAAGAACGCCAUACGGGAUGCCCGGAAGGCGGCCUGCGACACAUCCCUGUUGCAAGCGGCCACCUCGCUGGAACCCAUUGGCCGCAUACAGAUGCGCACCCGUCGCACAUUACGCGGCCAUUUGGCGAAAAUCUACGCCAUGCAUUGGGGCAACGAUUCAAGGAAUCUCGUAUCAGCCUCACAGGAUGGCAAACUAAUUGUUUGGGACUCGCAUACCACGAACAAAGUCCAUGCCAUACCACUGCGAUCAUCGUGGGUGAUGACCUGCGCGUACGCACCAUCCGGUAGCUAUGUGGCCUGCGGCGGCCUAGACAACAUGUGUUCAAUUUACAACCUAAAGACGCGCGAGGGCAAUGUCCGGGUAUCCCGUGAGCUGCCCGGCCAUGGUGGCUAUCUAUCGUGCUGCCGCUUCCUGGACGACAAUCAGAUUGUGACCAGUUCCGGUGAUAUGUCGUGCGGCCUGUGGGACAUUGAGACGGGACUGCAGGUCACCUCGUUUCUGGGACACACCGGCGAUGUGAUGGCCCUCUCGCUGGCGCCCCAAUGCAAAACGUUCGUCUCUGGCGCCUGCGAUGCAUCGGCCAAGCUUUGGGACAUACGUGAGGGCGUCUGUAAACAGACCUUCCCCGGCCACGAGUCCGAUAUCAAUGCGGUGACAUUCUUCCCGAAUGGACAGGCAUUCGCCACCGGUUCGGACGACGCAACCUGUCGACUGUUCGACAUUAGGGCCGAUCAGGAGCUGGCCAUGUACUCGCACGACAACAUCAUAUGCGGCAUCACAUCGGUGGCAUUCUCGAAGAGCGGCCGUCUGUUAUUAGCGGGCUACGAUGACUUCAACUGCAAUGUGUGGGACACGAUGAAGGCAGAACGGUCCGGCAUCCUGGCCGGCCACGACAACCGUGUAUCCUGUUUGGGGGUCACCGAGAACGGCAUGGCGGUGGCAACAGGAUCGUGGGACUCCUUCUUGCGUGUAUGGAACUAAAAACAAACAAACAAACAAACAAAACAAAAGAACAUAAACAUUAACAUAAACAGAAAGAAGGAAGGAUAGAAAGAGAAAGAGAAAAACCAAAACCAAAAACAAAAUGAAAAUGGAAAAAAAGAACUUCAAAAUGCAUUAAAGGGUGGGGUGGGGUCAGGUCAACGGUUGCGCAGUCUGCGGAUAGUGUUUCACCCAUCAUCUACAUUGUGAUCUAAUGUAAAUGAUGAUUCGGUGUUACCUCUGUGGUUAAUAUUAAAUGAGUGCCGGACGUUUUGAAUAUGUGUGGGCGCAGCUAGUUGACUAGAACGUAGACCACAACAACAAAGAACUUUAUAUACAACAUUAUUUAUAUUGCUAUAUACUUAUUAACUAAAAUUAUACAAAAAACAAAACAAAACAAAAAAAACAAAUAAAAAAAACAAAGAAAAGAAAAAAACCGCAGACAUACGCAGCAACAUACAAAUAGACAUACACACGCAUACAAGAAUAUUAUUAGUGUAAAUGGAAAAUUGAAGAAAAAAACAAAAGAAAAACCAAAUGAAAAUGAAGUUGAGAGACGAUGGGGGCCCGCUGAUGAGAUAGUCAGUUGUUUAGUCAGAAUUCCGGUUACAGCUACAGUUUAAAACGUACGUAAAUUAAACUUAGUUCAAAUCGCAUUUCAGUGGGGAGUGCAGCUGAGAGCCGAAAACCUGAGGAUCCUGGGGAAUCCCCGGUUCCCCGGUGAUCCCAGGAGUGCGCCAACACCGUAUUGCGUCAGUCAGUCGUUUGCACUUUGUAAAAGUAAAAGUAAAAGUAAAAGUAAAUGAACAAGAACAAGAGAAAGAUGGUAUCAUUGUAAUCAUGUAUGUCAACAAGUAAAAAUACAUAUUCUUUUGCGUAUAAUACAUAAACUUCAGAACGUGGAUCCUGAUGAAAUGGGAGGCAAGAAGAAAGAAGUCAAAUAAAGUUAAAGCAUUUAAAAAAUAAAAAAAAUCACGGCAAAACAACCUAAAAGUAAAGAAAAAACAAAAAACGAAAAAGAAAAAACAAAAAAAUUGCGUAAUAAACUUUAUAAAUCAAGUAAUGAAAAAAAAGUAAACAAAAACACUAUAACAAAUUUUUGUCUUAUUAUGUUUAAGUCCCUAAUUUAUAUACAAACAAAAAUAAGAAUGAUUUAAAUAACAUAUAUGUAAACUAUGCAUUAGUGAAAAAGUGGAAAAACUAUUUAUAUAUAAUAUGAUGGCCAUAUAAGCUAUAACAAUAAAUUGAAAAACACCUUUAAAUCUUAUAAUACAUUUAUAAAUGUUUAACAAAAUCUUAACAAAUACAUUCAUAGAAUUGCGGCAGUAAGGGCAUUAAAGCAUCAUGGAAAUAAUUUGAGCAUUUCAUCCCUCUCACCACAAUUGAUACAGUUCAAUUUUUGUUCAUUUUAUUCUCCUAAAUUCUUAUGAGGUUUUACAACGUAUAUGGCUUGAUCGAGGUUUGAAAAAUGCAAAAACGAUUGUAGAAUGCAACCAAACAACCAAAAAACUAAAGCUUAUAUUGUGAAAAUACUGAUAUUGUCUUGCUGUCUUACGAAUAUACUGAAUCAUCAAGUUCUUAUCUACUUUUAUAUUUUGUUUUUUUUUUAAAUUAAUUUUAAGCGGUAAUAGGAAAUUCGCUGAAACCAAUUCCAGCAUUCUGAAAUCCUAGCUAUACCAUAGUUCAUUGAAAACUGUAAUAAACUUAACUAGUUUAUUGACCUUCUCGAAGUAUUUUUUUAACGAUAAUAUGUUGGUCCGAUAGGUAAAUUGUGAUUUAAAGUGAAUAGUUUUUCAAGCAACGAUAACGAGGAAUCCUAAACCAGUCCCCACAAAAAAAGAAAACCAAUCAAAAAAUCUUAAUCAACAUUUAAAAUGGACAAAAUUGUGUAUUUUUACCGACUUUUGAUGCUUGAUAAUAUUGAACCGAAUAUUCCUAUGUAUAUGUGUAACUAUUGGUAAGCUUAUUUGAGCUCUGCUUUUUCACCAUAGAUGGACUUACUUAUUUUUAGUACAAUCUGGACAUUCUGGACGGCCAUUUAAAAACUAAUGCUGUUUCAAAACUAUGAAUAAAUUAUGAAAAGAAACCUUUGUAACAUUUAAAUAAUAAAAUAUAAUAAAACCAAAAAAAAAAAUUACGAUAAUCUUAUUGUUUAACUUAAACAAGGAGUAAUUCAAGUUGAUCUAUUUUGCGAAAAUGAAAAAAUGCGCCAAAGUAAGUCCAUCUAAGGUCAAUAAUAAUAAUUACGUACACGCACUUUACGAAUUGUCAGGAAUUUUUUACUCCAGCAGUAAGUUUAAUUAACGUAUUUUUCUAUCACAGCCUAAAAGGAGCAAAGUAACGUGUUAUUUCUUUUUUAAAUAUUUUUUUUAAGAGUACUUUGUUAUUAGAACGCGCAUCCCACAACCCUCAAGUAUGUUAAUAUCAGAACCCUUCUCUAUGUAUGUGUGUUUCCGUGUAAAUUUAAUUAUGUAUACGUUAUGUUUACACAUAUAUAUGCCACACCGAUCAUAUAUAUGCGCAUAUAUGUAUUGUAAUUUAAUUACUGUUUUAUUUGUCUACCUAAAAAAUCGACAAAUUGAAUAAAAUGGUUUAUUUGUAAUUAGUUAUUAACAAUAAUUGAGAAAAGCUGUCAACAAAACAAAUUGAAAUUUGAAUAAAACAUGGUCAUGUAAUAAACAUACAUACAAACAUACAUAUUUAAAUGAAAACUGAAGAUUACUAACAUUAAUUUAUAAUUUGUGUCAUAGCCGUCAACUCAGCGUUAUAUCUAGAAUAAAUAAUAAAGAAAAUUGUGUUAAGCAAA